AAGCACACGGUUAAUAGUUGAACAUCGCGGUGCAAAGACGACAGUUUUUUUUAUUUCAACAAACAAGAGAAUAACAACAGCGCUUUGUCAGUUGCAGCCAUGCCUGAGGUGCGAGUGGAGGAAGUGCGGCGGUUCAUGGUGGAUAGCCUGGUCGUGGUUGGUGCGCCGAAGCCUGAAGCUGAGGCACACGCGGAUCUACUGCUGUAUGCAGACACAGUCGGACACUUCAGUCAUGGAUUGAAUAGACUUGAGUUAUACGUGAACGACAUCAAAGGAGGAUUGACACAUCCCGAGCUUAAGCCAGUAGUGCUAAAGGAGUCACCCGCUACAGCAUGGGUGGACGGUAUGGACACGCUGGGUGCUACCGCUGCUAACUUCUGCAUGGAUCUGGCUAUCAAGAAAGCUAAAGGGUGUGGUGUAGGCUGGGUGUCUGCUAAACGAACGAACCACUUCGGUAUGGCAGGAUAUUGGGCCAUGAAAGCGGAGAAGGAGGGUCUCAUUGGCUUGGCGUUCACUAAUUCUGCACCUAUUAUGAUACCAACAAGAUCUAAAGAGAGUGCGUGCGGUACAAAUCCAUUGGCGUUAGCGGCUCCCGCACUAAACGGGGACUCUCUGGUUGUUGAUAUGGCGACAACCACAGCUGCUAUGGGAAAGAUAGAGAUGCAGAUACACAAAAACGAACCGAUACCCGAAGGAUGGGCGUUGGGACCAGAUAAUAAAACUACUACAAAUGCUCCACUGGCAUUCGACACUGGGAAAUUACUACCAUUAGGAGGUUUAGAAAAAACAAGCGGACAUAAAGGAUACUGUCUCAAUACUAUGGUAGAAAUAUUCUGUAGCGGACUUUCAGGUUCAAACCCGACCUACAAAGUGCCCAGUUGGUCGUUCAGCCAGGACGUUGCGCCAGACUUGGGGCAAUGCUUUGCAGCGAUCGACCCCGAUUGCUUCGCGCCCGGGUUUGGACAGAGGGUCGCUGAAUGUUUAAUGCAUUGGAGGAAUUUGGAACCUCUCGAUCCAUCGUUGCCAGUUCUCGCGCCUGGAGAUAAAGAACGUAACAACAGAGAGGCGACGCUAAAGAGAGGAACUAUAAUAUACCCGCAAGGACAAAUAGACUCUUACCACCGCAUGGCCAAGAAUAUUGGCAUUAGCCCUUUAACUGUUGUCUAACGGAACUGUAUACGCAUAAAUGAUCGAAGAACACAUUAAUUUAACAAGAAAAAAAAUGUCUAAAAUAAAAUCAAAAUUAACAGAAACCGUGACAUAAUCUAAGAGAUUUUGGGCUUUUUUUGCCAUUACCAAGUCCAUAUUUUAUAUUUCCUCUUUAAUUAUUUUUAUAAUGAAGUACACGUACAUACAAUUUAGUUGUUUGUUAUUAUUAAUGGCAAUGUUUAUUACAAUAACAAAUGUACAAUAUAUUCGUGACAUUUUAGGCUUUGUGACGAAUGCGUGUUAAAUCUGAGGACAUUUUUUUAUCUUAUUGAAGGUGAACUAGCUUAGACUUGAAUGGUAUUUGAUGUACCGAGAUGUAAUCAACAUACAAUAGCAUACAUUGUUUUGUGACAAGCAAAUGGGCGUAUAUAUACUUGCAAAUGACAUAGCAUUAAAUUAUUAUAAAAUCUAAAACAAUCGUUUUAAAUUAAGCAGACGCUUUAGCAAUUGUAAAACAUUUU